GCGUGAGGUUCUUUCUCCCCCCUCCGGGGCGCACACUGCUCAUUACCUCCCCUUUUCCUCCGUUCCCGUUUUUGUUUAGGAGGUUUGCGGAGAUGAUGACACGCGCCCCCGGGGGACCGACACCGCCGCGGACCGAGCCGCCCCCCCCACCUCGCGUGCGCCCCCGCGGAGUUCGUCCGAGACGAGGGAGAAUGUCACCCACUUCUGCCGGCCCCAACGUCUAAGUGUUCGUGGGAGAAUCCUCGUCCUCGUUCCCCGCGUCUCCGUGUCUUUGGAGCCGCGGCAGAUCCCGCUUCACGGGGUGUUUUCUUUCGGACUAAAUUAGGGGCCCGGUCGUCUGCUCUCGUCUCUGUCGGACUCGUGGAUGUAUAGCUGCCCGUCUCUCUCCGCAGGGGGGACCCGAUCACCGCCAGGAGCCGUCGCUAUUCAACAAGCUGCCGGCCGCAGGGCGGUGGACGGGCGCAGCUCGCCUGAAGCCUCCACUGCGUCUCGCUCCUCCAGCUCAGCUUGUUGAGUCUCCAAAAGAAAAAGAAAAAAAGACCCCCACCCGCCUCCCACCCUCGUGCUAUUUAUCUCCUCCCAGCAGAUUCUCAGACUUCCCCCAAUAUUUUCCCCCCGUGCCACCGGCAAAAAGUUAUCCGGAUCAUGGCUCGUCCUGGUUCGCGCGUAAGGCUGAGCGCCGUGUGGAGCGCGCUGUGGCUCAUGAGGACCGUGGUGGAUUUCGCGCUGCCCCAGGAGACUUACGCGCCCCACUCGAUACGGACCGAGGGCCACUUGACCCUCGGAGGACUCUUCCCGGUGCACUCCAGAGGCGCCGACGGCGCGCCGUGCGGGGACCUGAAGAAGGAGAACGGCAUCCAGCGGCUGGAGGCCAUGAUGUACGCGCUGGACCAGAUCAACCUGGACGAGCUGCUGCUGCCCAACAUCACGCUGGGCGCGCGGGUGCUGGACACUUGCUCGAGGGACACCUACGCGCUGGAGCAGUCCUUAACUUUCGUCCAGGCCCUGAUCACCAAGGACACCUCCGACGUGCGGUGCACCAACGGGGAGGCGCCGGUGUUCGUGAAGCCGGAGAAAGUGGUCGGGGUCGUCGGAGCCUCGGCGAGCUCCGUGUCGAUCAUGGUGGCCAACAUCCUGCGCCUCUUUCAGAUCCCGCAGGUCAGCUACGCCUCGACGGCCCCGGAGCUGAGCGACGACCGGCGCUACGACUUCUUCUCGCGGGUGGUGCCUCCGGACUCGUUCCAGGCCCAGGCCAUGGUGGACAUCAUCCGGGCCCUGGGCUGGACCUACGUCUCCACCGUGGCCUCGGAGGGCAGCUACGGGGAGAAGGGGGUGGAGGCCUUCACGCAGCUCUCCAAAGAAGCAGGUGGAAUCUGCAUCGCCCAGUCUCUGAAAAUCCCCCACAACCCCAAGCUGGAGGAUUACGACAAAGCCGUCCAACAACUGCUGGAGACGCAGCACGCGCGGGCCGUCGUCAUCUUCGCCAGCGAGGAAGACAUACGGGGAGUUCUGAAUUCCACCAAGAGGGCCAAUCAGGUGGGCCAUUUCCUGUGGAUUGGAUCCGACAGCUGGGGGCCCAAGAGCAGCCCGAUCCAUCAGCUGGAGGAUGUGGCGGUGGGAGCGGUCACUAUACUGCCCAAACGCUCCUCCAUCGAAGGGUUCGACGAAUACUUCACCGGCCUCACGCUGGAGAACAACCGCAGGAACGUGUGGUUCGCCGAGUUCUGGGAGGAGAACUUUGACUGCAGGCUCCUCAGCGCCUCCAAGAGGGAGGACACCAGCCGUAAAUGCACAGGCAAGGAGCGCAUCGGGACCGAGUCCAAGUACGAGCAGGAAGGGAAGGUGCAGUUUGUGAUCGACGCGGUGUACGCCGUGGCCCACGCCCUCCACAGCAUGCAGAGGGACCUGUGUCCCGAUCACCCCGGCGUCUGUCCACAGAUGGAGACGGCCGAGGGGAAGACUCUGCUGAAGUACAUCCGAAACGCCAGCUUCAACGGCAGCGCCGGCACCUCGGUCGUGUUCAACAAGAACGGAGACGCUCCGGGCCGCUACGACCUGUUCCAGUUCCAGCUGACCAACUCCUCCACCCCAGAGUACAAGGUGGUGGGACACUGGGUGGAGAACCUGCAGAUCAGGCUGGAGGAGCUGCAGUGGCCAGAUGGGGAGCAGGAGGUGCCCAUCUCGGUGUGCAGUCUGCCCUGCAAGACCGGAGAGAGGAAGAAGAGGGUGAAGGGCAUGCCGUGCUGCUGGCACUGCGAGCUCUGCGACGGCUACCAGUACCAGUACGACGAGACCUCCUGCCGCCUGUGCGCCUACAACAUGAGGCCCAACCCCAACAGGACGGCCUGCCAGCCCAUCCCCAUCGUCAAGCUGGAGUGGCACUCCGCCUGGGCCAUCAUCUCCGUCUUCCUGGCCAUGCUCGGCAUCAUCGCCACCAUCUUUGUCAUGGCGACGUUCGUGCGCCACAACGACACCCCCAUCGUGCGGGCGUCGGGCCGGGAGCUGAGCUACGUGCUGCUCACCGGCAUCUUCCUGUGUUACAUCAUCACCUUCCUCAUGAUCGCCAAGCCCGACGUGGCGGUGUGCGCCUUCAGGAGGAUCUUCCUGGGCCUGGGCAUGUGCAUCAGCUACGCCGCGCUGCUCACCAAGACCAACCGCAUCUACCGCAUCUUCGAGCAGGGCAAGCAGACGGUCACGGCGCCGCGCUUCAUCAGCCCCACCUCCCAGAUCGCCAUCACUUCCAGUCUGAUCUGCGUGCAGCUGCUGGGCGUGCUGGUGUGGUUCGCCGUGGACCCGCCGAACACCAUCGUCGACUACGACGAGCAGAAGGCGGUGAACCCGCUGCUGGCCCGCGGCGUGCUCAAGUGCGACAUCACGGACCUGCAGAUCAUCUGCUCGCUGGGCUACAGCAUCCUGCUGAUGGUGACCUGCACCAUCUACGCCAUCAAGACGCGGGACGUGCCGGAGGACUUCAACGAGGCCAAACCCAUCGGCUUCACCAUGUACACCACCUGCAUAGUCUGGCUGGCCUUCAUCCCCAUUUUCUUUGGCACGGCGCAGUCGGCAGAGAAGCUGUACAUUCAGACGACCACGCUGACCAUCUCCAUGAACCUCAGUGCCUCGGUGGCGCUGGGCAUGCUCUACAUGCCCAAGGUGUACAUCAUCAUCUUCCACCCCGAGAUGAACGUGCAGAAGAGGAAGCGCAGCUUCAAGGCCGUGGUCACGGCGGCCACCAUGUCGUCGCGUCUGUCCCAGAAGCCCAGCGAGAGGCCCAACGGCGAAGCCAAGACGGAGCUGUGCGAGAACCCCGCCGCCGACCCCAUGAGUCAAGCAACCAAGAAAACAUAUGUGAGUUACAACAACCUCAGGAUCUGAUCCGCUCGGGGGGAGAGGAACCCGUUCACAUUUAUCUGUGAUCUUUGGAGAGAAAAAAAACAAAAAGGGAGGCGAGGCGGGGGGUGGGAGGGUCCUGGACCUGCAUCCUGCCCGACACGGGACCCCCCAAACCUGUAUGUCCCCCACCCCACCACCAACCCCUCCCCGUGCCCCCUCCUCCCCGUCUCUCUGACGGCGAUCGACUCGCCUGCCGAAGGGUCACUGUGAACGAGGACAAACUACGGGGCACCAAAAAAAAAGAUAAUUCCCCCCAAAAAAGGGGACCGCGGAUCUGCUUUCCUUUGACAUGCCGUUAAAGCCAUAUUCGCUGUGCCCCCCCCCCCCCCAUCCCGUUUCUGUUCUGUAUUGUUUCGGUGAUUUUAUUCUGUGCCUCCUCUUCUUGCAGUUGAUUUAAUUCCCACGAGCAGCCGCUCUGCCACGUGCAGUUCUUUGUGUUACUGAGUCGCUGCGGGUGAUUGUUGUGUCACAGUGAUGGACAUUGUAAGUAUAUAUAUUUUCUUGUAAAUAUUGGAGAGUAUUUUUCAUGUUUGGAGUACAAAACUAGAUAUACCCGUUCUCUGUUGGAAUUGGAUUUGGAUGGUAAUGAGAAGCACCACAAAGUGUUCACUUUGCAUGUGCCAAUGUGUCUGUUCUACUUGAUGUAAACAAGAAAAGAAACAACAAGAAAAAAAAAAGAUGAAUAAAUUCUGAAAAUGAUGAUAAUCUUCAGCAUCUUUCUGCUGCUUGUUUUUCUUUACCAGAGCUGAACUUCAUCAUUAAGUGACAGAAUAUGGCUUUGAUCUGUUGUUGACCCCCCCCCCCCCCCCACUGUGUAUCUGCACGCAUGUUUGUUUUAUAUAGGUUGGGACUAUUAUGCAUAGCUGUGGUGGGCGACGCAUUAUUACCAGAGCAAUCAUGCAAGAAUGUCGUGAUGUCUGUCAAACUAUCAACAUGUAAUAAAUCAUUUUGUUAUCUUUUAUACGACUAAAGCUGA